GCGUUGGUCCUUCUUGCUAGUUUUUUAUUAUUCCUACCAUUAAAAACUAGAGAAUUAUGUGUCUACAAAACCUAAAAAAAGGACAUUUAAUUAAUUAAAAUGACCCAUAAUUAGAACCACAGAUUUCGGAAAAUUUUAAUAUGUAACAAUUUUUUGUAAGUUAGGUUAGGAAUAUGGCAACUUUUUUAAGAUUUAAUAAUCAUAUUUCCAAACUACUACAGGUGGAAACGAUACGAUUAAACAAACAUUAUAGUCACUUCAGUAGAAAAUACAAUAAAUAUAAAUAUGCGAAUGUCAUUAUUGUCAAGUAUCAAGAAGCACAAACCAGUGUCAAUGGUGAACAUAAGAGCCCAAAAAGCAUUGGUGUUCUUGCAAAAGUUUUGAAGCGAAUCACUUUUCCCCUUUCAAAAAAUCCUCCCUCUAGAGGAUGCUUUCAUCCAGGUGCCUCUGUUCUUUCAAGAGAGGCUCUCCCAAUCAAUGGAAAGCCAGUCACUGGAAUUCAAAUGAUACAGGCUAUGCUACAUUACAUUUGGCCGAAAGAUGACAAAGCAAUUAGAGAUAGAGUUACGUUGGCAGUAGGUCUAUUGAUAGGAGCAAAAUUGAUGAAUGUAGGAGUGCCUUUCAUUUUGAAGUACUCCAUUGACUAUUUAAACGCAGCAAAUACACUUAAUAUGAAUUCUGCACCUGCCACUGUUGCUACAGUUGCGACAAGUAUGUUAAUUGGCUAUGGUGUUGCUAGAGCUGGUGCGGCUGGUUUCAAUGAACUGCGGAAUGCAGUGUUUGCUAAAGUUGCCCAACAUUCCAUUAGGAAAAUCGCCAAAAAUGUGUUUGUGCAUUUGCAUAACUUGGAUUUAGCAUUUCAUUUGAGUCGUCAAACAGGUGCCUUAUCAAAAACCAUCGACAGAGGUUCUAGAGGAAUAAAUUUUGUUUUGACCGCUAUGGUGUUUAAUAUAGUUCCGACUAUAUUUGAGCUGGGCCUAGUUUCUUCGAUAUUGGGGUUAAAAUGUGGAGCAGCCUUUGCAGGUAUUUCGUUGGGAUGUGUCGGGAUAUAUGCAGCUUAUACUUUGAGCGUCACACAAUGGAGAACAAAAUUCAGAGUUUAUAUGAAUAAAGCUGAAAAUGAAGCAGGGAACAAAGCUGUGGAUUCUCUAAUAAAUUAUGAGACCGUCAAGUACUUCAAUAAUGAAAAAUACGAAGCUGACAGAUACAACAAUGUUUUGAAGAAAUACGAACAAGCCAGCUUGAAGACAAGUACCAGUUUGGCAUUUUUGAAUUUUGGUCAGAACGCUAUUUUUAGCAUUUCGCUAAGUGCUAUUAUGGUACUUGCAGCACAAGAGAUUAUCAAAGGUAACAUGUCUGUUGGUGAUUUAGUUAUGGUGAAUGGACUCUUAUUUCAACUUUCUAUACCUUUGGGUUUUUUGGGUAGUGUAUACAGGGAAGUGAGACAAGCCUUAAUCGAUAUGCAAACUAUGUUCACACUUAUGGCUAAAGAUCCCGCUAUCAAGAGCAAAGAACUGGCCCCUUAUCUUCAUGUGGAUGUCAAUUCUUCGGAAAUCAAAUUCGAGAAUGUUUCUUUCAGUUACGGACCUGGCAAGGACAUUUUCAAAGAUCUGUCAUUCACGAUAACGCCUGGAAAAAAGGUUGCCAUAAUAGGUGGUUCCGGCUCAGGGAAAACCACAAUUGUCCGACUUCUCUAUCGGUUUUUCGAGCCCUCUUCAGGCAGAAUUCUGAUAGGCAACCAAGAUAUUCGAGAAGUCGAUCUGGAGAGUCUCAGACAGGCUAUCUCGAUAGUUCCCCAAGAUUCAGUUCUGUUCCACGACACGAUCAAGUACAAUUUACAUUACGGAGACCUGACAGCAACCGAAGAUGAGAUUAUACAAGCGGCCAAAAUGGCAGAGAUACACGAUACCAUCCAGAGUUGGCCUCAGGGUUACGAGACACCAGUAGGAGAAAGGGGAUUGAAAUUGUCUGGUGGAGAGAAGCAAAGGGUGGCAAUAGCUAGGGCUAUCUUGAAAAAUUCCCCCAUAGUUAUAUUCGACGAAGCUACAAGUGCCUUGGAUUCUAUAACAGAAAGUAACAUCCUUCAAGCAUUGAGAAGGGCAACUCAACAUAGAACCAGCAUAUGUAUAGCUCACCGAUUGAGCACAAUCAUGGAUGCUGAUGAAAUCCUUGUACUCCAAGGAGGAAAAGUUGUGGAACGGGGAAAUCAUUUGAACCUAAUCAAUAUUCCUCAAAGCCUUUAUUCGAAACUGUGGAAAGUUCAGAAUAUUCAAGCUAUCCCUGCAUGAAUGAAGAACUUAAAUGGAUAUUUCAUGUAAAAAUGUAGCUUAUAUGAUGUAAAUUAACAUUUUGUAUAGUAUGAUAUGAUAUAAAUGUAUAAAAUAUAAAUAUAAGUGGAUCCCAGUA